AUGUCCGACCCCCGUAUCCCCAACGACGUGAGGAAGCAGGUCAACGACAGGAUCACUGAUCAGAGUUCGGGCACCAUCGCCCAAGUGGUUGAGGCGGGCAAGAGCUCCCAGAAGAGACGCGAGGACGCCAAGAAGAAGAAGGAGGAGGAAGCCAAGGCCAAGAGCGGCGGCGGCGGCGGCGGCGGCGGCAGCAGCAGCACAUAG